UUGAGGAAGAGGCAGUGAAGCUAUAUGAAAUUGCAUGAUAUUCAAAUUUUCAUUUCCCUCUAACUGUCGAAUAUCUCAAAUAUUCAGGUCAUAGUUGGGAGUUCUGUUUUAUAUAUACCACAUACUACCUCAAUAAGUCGGCCUAUAGACUGUUCGCGUUUCGUCAUUAAAAGGAUUGGAUUUUGCAUAAAUUAAUGUCAAUAUUGAGAACAUCGACGAUUAGAGUCACUAUUUGCAUCGUAACAUGUUACGCGUGUAGCUAAUUAGUACGCACAUAGCUAAUUAAUACGCACGAUAGUAACCUAUAAUCGUAUGUAUUUGGUCGACGCGUGCGAUAUAGAUCGGUACGCGAAGACGAAACUUGCAAGUUUGUUGGUUAAGUACGCACAGUGCAUUCUUGGUUUAUUCUUUUGCUCGUGUUAAUCGUCUAUUCCCUGGUAUCAAAUAUUCCGGGACAAUCCUAUGCUUGCGAUAAGGUAAUUAGUGUAGUAAAAGUGCGUUUCACGGAUUUGUGGCGCCCGGUGUUAGGAUCGGCUGGCUCCGAGUAUUACCGUAUCCUCUGUAUUGGCCGUCAGUCGCGUACGACUCGUCGGGCCGUGAACGUCGUGGUAGGGGGUAGUGUUCACAUCGCGUGUGCGCGCGCGUGCCUCUAUCUCCGCGUACGUUGUGAAUGAUUAGAUUCCUCCGGCUCGUGAUCGUUUUCGCUUUUUUCUGGUGGAAAAGUGUAAGGGAUCAGCGUCAUUGAGUCUCCGUGCCAUUGUGGAAGCUACCGACAGAUGCCAUGGAUUCCUGGAUGUACGAUGUGGUUUGUAUGAUGUCCGGUGCCGGCACCGAAAUCAUGAUCGGGAAUAACAGAACCAUGGCGAACAUCAAGCAGGAAAUCGAGAACCCUACGACACCCACGCAGAACUACCAAGUUUGUUCGCCGACUACCACCCUUCAACAUCAAGAGGUGAUAUGCGGCAAGGUGGAGAUGCCGGCUGACUAUGGCGGGGGCGAAGGUAGUCCUGACAGUCCAGAAAUGCAUCAUCACUGUUCCUCCACAACGCAGCCUUUGGGUACACCUGAGGGAGGCGUUAAAGAGGAGGACAUGAUACCUAGAAGGCUUUGUCUCGUGUGUGGGGACGUGGCGAGUGGAUUUCAUUAUGGGGUCGCGUCUUGCGAAGCGUGCAAAGCGUUUUUCAAAAGAACGAUACAAGCGAGUAAUUUCACAGGUAAUAUCGAGUACACGUGUCCGGCGAAUGGCGAGUGCGAAAUAAACAAACGCAGGAGAAAAGCGUGCCAGGCGUGCAGGUUUCAGAAGUGCCUUCGACAGGGUAUGCUGAAAGAGGGGGUCCGAUUGGAUCGUGUUCGAGGAGGCAGACAAAAGUACAGGAGAUCCACGGAUCCCUAUACACCGAUAAAGGCAGCCCCGUUGGAAGCAAACGUAGGAACAGGAGGUUCUAACGAAAUAAUAAAUAAUAAAAUGCUGGAAGCUUUGGCCGCCUGCGAGCCCGACAUGUUGCAAGUGUCUAAUCUGUUCCACACUCUCGACACGGAUCAAAGAAUACUUGGUCAGUUGUCGGACCUGUACGAUCGAGAAUUGGUCGGGAUAAUCGGUUGGGCGAAGCAGAUCCCUGGAUUCAGCACUCUAGCUCUGAACGACCAGAUGCGACUUCUGCAGAGCACGUGGGCCGAGAUAUUAACGUUUAGCCUCGCAUGGAGGAGUAUGCCAAACAACGGUAGAUUAAGGUUUGCCCAAGAUUUUACCCUCGACGAGCGACUCGCACGCGAAUGUCACUGUACAGAGCUGUACACGCAUUGUAUUCAGAUCGUUGAGAGGCUUCAACGGUUGGGCUUAACCAGGGAGGAAUAUUACAUGUUAAAAGCAUUAAUAUUGGCAAACAGCGAUGCGAGGUGGGACGAACCACAGGCGCUCUAUCGUUUUCGAGAUACUAUUCUGUACGCCCUAUCAGAUUGCGUGGCGGCGGUAAGACCAGGACAAGCACUUCGCGCCACACAAAACAUGUUCCUAGUGUUGCCUGGUCUCAGGCAGGUCGACGGAAUUGUUAGAAGAUUUUGGUCUAGUGUCUAUCGAACGGGAAAAGUACCUAUGAACAAGCUGUUCGUAGAAAUGUUAGAAGCUGCUCAUUAUCGAUGAAGCGCCGACUUGGACUCGAUUUAAAGAAAAAUGUGUAUUAAAGGACUCUAUAGAAGCGCUCGAACCAUUCGCCGACGAAUGAUCAGCGUUUACACUUACAACACUCUGGCAGUGAGUAUAUAGGGUACGUUUCGUCGCGUCCUUGGGAGUGUGAGCGAACACACAGUGAGUGAUAGUGAGACGUAAGAGAGAAAAAAUGGGAAAAAAAAAAAGAAUAAGAGGAGGGACACUGUGCAGUUUUAUUAUUUUUCGUUAAGAGAAAGACUCAUGAACAAAAAAAAAAAAGGCUUUUUUUUGACAAGCGAAAGUGUUGAAGCGUGGAGCUUUGGCCAGUGAUUCCAGCAGUCGUUGAAACACGCGAAAUAAUUUUAGGAUAGCAGGCACACACUUUUGUCGAAGUAACCAAACUUUCCUUUUCGAGUACCCCAUUUACAGGUACAGAGAAAAACAAAACGAUGUUAUUUCAGGAUAGGGUACCUAGUACAAGAUGCGAGACGCUUUUUUCCGGAGCUCUCACUUUAGGAUAGUAUAUGAGAAUCUGUCGACAAUGAUAGACGAACCUACCAAAUAAACAAAAUAAAUAAAAACGUUUUCAUUUAACGUGUACUGAUCGGUACGAUCGCGUGGAACACCGAUACCAAUACCGGUGAUCGUAGAAAUCAAAUGGAAAAUGUAACUAACUGUGGGUGUUUGACAUUAUAUAGUUAGCAUCGUGUUACCAAAUGACCACACCAAGUUUAAUCAAAAUUACAUACGUAGCUGCAGAUAUUUUAGUUACGUCUUUUCUCUAAAGCAAAAAGUAUAAAAAAAAAAAAAUAAAGAAGGAAGAUUCAGUCAAUAACGAGGUUAGAAAAAGACGCGAACUCUCUAUUUUUAAUAGUGUCGAUGAAAAAGGGUACGUCGUUUUAUAUGUAGAGGUAACUGCACGUUUUAAUACUAUCGAACAGUCGUAACGACCGCUAUAAAUGUAAAUCGAUGUGUGUACUGCAUUGAACAUCCAUAGUUCUAGUUCAGCGAAAUGAAUUUAGUAUGCGCCGUUGUACAAAUCGAACCAAUCACGUGAACCAAGAGCUAGCUGGCCAGUGAACAGGGAAAAAAAAAAAGAGCAAAAGAAUGGCUGGAUCGUUCUCCAUUUAGGGCCAUGCUGCUUUCGUGUUAAUUUUGUGUUUUUGUACAAGAUAUCGCGGAAAAAGAAAGAAUAGUUUCGGGAACGAACCUUUGGCCAGGUUGCCAGGUUCUUAGGAGAGAGAGAGCUGAAGAAAAAAUUUAAUCGAUUGUUGAAAUGAUCGCGAAAAAAAAGAAUGUUAUUCGCGCGUGCCACACAAGAGAGCAUAGGAGAAUAUAUAACUGUUAACUGGAGAAUAUAAUUUAUGAAGUACAACUCCAACUUCAAACGGAGGUAGGGCUUUUCUUCGCUUGUUCCGUUCUCUUACGUUCAUCGCGUUUCGCUUUCCAUUUUAGAAGUUUUAUCAGACGAUUUUCCAUCGUUGUGGGUAGCUCUGCUUCUACGAUACACAGUGUAGAGACAGAGAUACCUAAUACACUUCUAUUCUCGGUAACCAUAUCAUCUCUAAAACUUUUACGCAACCUCUUUUGUUUCUCUGCCGCGAAUAAUUCGACCGUCGUUUACGUUUCCAAAAACCAAAUGGUUUUUCUUUGUAAUUUUGACGAAGAAAUGACAUUUUUAUUUCAUAUUUGUAAUCGACUCUUUGUGCUUCCAAACUGGAAUAUUUCUGGCAAUUCUGUCUGCGAUAUCCUGGCCUGGGAUCGCAAAGGGUUGAACUUCAGAUCCAACGUACAGCACUAACCUCUAACUAACCACUCAACGAUAAUCUGCAACGGAAAACCGUUUUCUUAUAUUAUAUUACUAUAUUAUAUGUAUUCAGGGAUCUUUAUUAUCUAGUUAUUAUUGUUAACGAGAUCUGUGCAGGGACUCUCGGAGAUCAAAAGAAGCUCGGGUCAGUUACCUUUCAGAGGUUCCCAGUAUAUUAAAAAGAAAAUUCUUUUUUAUUUUUUUUUUGCAAUAGGUAUUCUGUCUUGGAUGUGGCUCUAUUAAUCGUUUAAACAACCAGAUAAACAAGCGAAAUCAUGCAUAUGUAACAAUAAAGAGUAGAACAAUUGGUCUUAUUAAAUUAUUGAUCGAUCGUGGGAACACACAAAAUUCCUCGAAUAUCAUUUUUGCGUAGAUUUUGUGGUACCCGAAAAUGCUCCUGUGAUAGGGCUUGGGAUCUGUGCACGGAUCUUCCGCAUAAUAUCGCUUUCUCCAAGCGUACAAAAUCGAUAAAUAUCGCGUAGAAGCCACUGAUCACGUGCAAAGCGAAAUUUUAUUUUUCAAAAAUAAAAGACGCGCGUUUGUAACCGAUCCGGUGAAAUUUUUAUUUGCCGUGUUACGCGCGGCUGGGUCUUGUGACAAGGUUCUCGCCGAUUCUUUGGAUCCGCCGUUUGUUGUUUCGCGCGAAAAAAAAAGAAGAGAAACUAGUCGAUAUUAAAAGAUGGAAAGAGAAAAUUAUUUAAUGGAAUCGUUGUGAAUGAAUAUUUUAUCGUAAGGACGUUAUGAUUCGGCCGAUGUUCAAAUGUUUUGGCCCGCGAUCGAUAGGAUCGGUCAGGACCUUGGCGAUCCCGCGACGCGGGAUAAAUCAUGUAACGUUUCGUAGUGCAAUAAUAUCAGGAUUACAUGUGGAUCGCAUUGUUUCUCUCGGCGGCAUGAUCGCGACACGUCCCCCCUUCGAGUUCCCUUUUGAUUUCUGUAUUACAUCUUCGUUCUCCUACCCGUUCGAAACUUUGUUUAAUCCUACUGCAUUUAAAUAUACGAUGCAAAACAGUCCACAGUGUGACGCUUUACGCAUUGCGUGUCCUUCCUCCAAUCAGUUUCUUUCACGAUUACCUGCGGCACGGACGUUCGUCCUUCAUUUGCGAAUCAGACGACGCGACGAAUACGAGCGGGAUCAUGCGAACAGCAGUCUCGUGCUUUUCAUAUCGCUUGCAACCGGUUCUCGUCGUUUGUUCCGUUCUACGAAACGGUGUUGUUCGUUGCGUUGAUCCUCGACGUGUAAGUUCCGAGAAAAUUGUUGCGUGAAAUAUUUGGUGGCGACUUGUCAUCCGGUUCGCUAAAUUUGUGUGUUAACGUUUGUCGUAGUUUAUCAGGUUUGAUGUUUUGAGAAUGUUUUAGUACGCUUGUUUCGUUCGUGAGAUCGUCGAUUGUACAACUCUUUUCUUUCUUUUUUUUUUUUUUUUUCGUUUGCCCAGCCGAGUGAAUAAGGCUUCUCUAUACAGCUGUGAUAUACGCGUUGUUCGACGCACCGAGUUUUGCGUCUUUUAAACAUUUAUACGCGUAUUCCAUCCGCACGUGUCGUCGAUUCGUGAACCAUUCUGUGUUUCUUUCUUUCAGAGGCCUAAGAACUAAUCGUUGCCAGGCGCGCGUGUCGUUGUCGCGUCGAGGGCUCCCGCUCGUCGAUCGAUCUUUGAUUUCGAAUUAGUUUCGACCGAUGUUCGAUGUCAAAACCGCUGACAUUUCGGCGCGGUUGUUGUUCCCGUGUUUCAAGGAAAAGAGGAGCCGGAAAGAAAUAUUUUUACGAGUCUGACACGAAAACGCGUCGGUUCCGGGGGUCGUGCGUUUACCGCGACUUUAACGACCAUAUUCUUCGUGUACGUUCAUCGAUUCGCCGUGGCGGUAGAAUCGUAGUCUCAGGGUUUCGAACAAACAAACAAAACAACCAACAAAUAAACAAAGGAUACAAAUUUAGACACAUAUUAAUAGAUAAGGCGCGCGAUUAUAUUUGUGGAGCAAAAUAUUAUAAUAGUAAUAAUAGUAAUAACGACGAUAAUGAUAAUGAUGAUGCUGGUUAUGAUUAUGAUGAUGAUG